GCCGAGCGCCAGUAUUUUGUGACGUCAAGAGCUCCGCGACAAAUCCGAGGAUUCAAACUCGCCAAGUGUACAGCUAUACAUAUAAAGAUAUAUAUAUAUAAGCCCGGCCCCGCCAGCAUCCCAAUUUAUAGUAUUUCUCUUUGCCAAUAAUCCAAAAACCAACGCCAAAAACUAAAUCAAGAUGGCCGCCCCAGCACCAGCACUCAAGGAUCUGCCCAAGGUGGCCGAGAACCUGAAGAGCCAGUUGGAAGGGUUCAAUCAGGACAAACUGAAGAACGCCAGCACCCAGGAGAAGAUCAUUCUUCCCACCGCUGAAGAUGUGGCUGCAGAGAAGACCCAACAGUCCAUCAUUGAGGGCAUCACCGCUUUUAAUCAGAACAACUUGAAGCACACAGAGACCAACGAGAAGAACCCGUUGCCCGAUAAGGAAGCCAUCGAGCAGGAGAAGGAGAAGAAUCAGUUUAUCGCCGGUAUCGAGAACUUUGAUGCGAAAAAGUUGAAGCACACCGAGACCAACGAGAAGAACGUGCUGCCCACCAAGGAGGUGAUCGAGGCCGAGAAGCAGGCUUAAAAACGGGGGCUUCAAUAUGGUCCAAUCCGAUCCGAGAUCGAAGAUCUGAGAUCUGAGAUCCGAUCCUCAGUCACCCCGUCGUCUCUCCUUUUCAACUCGCCGCAUCUCACUCUUUAUACGUAUAAAGCUAUUCCCUCUCAUUUUUCCACUGCUACCAAGUAAUUCGAACUGCUGCGCAUGCGCGUGAUUGCAAAAGUAUUUUAUCAUUAUCAUAUUCCAGUUGUUUUUUUUUUUUUCAUUAUAUUUUUAUAUAUACUUUUUGUAUUAACAAGUAAGAGAGCCAAUUCUCAUUCCUACAGCGUAAUUAACAUAAAAUAAACAUUCGUCUAUCCCAUA